ACGAGCGGCGCGCGAAUACAUAACCUCAAAUAACAAUAAUGACAGUCAUUACAGCUUUCAAUACUUUUCCAUUUUAAAACAAAUAAAUUAAUGUUUUUACCGAUAAUUAGGCUAGUCACGAACACAGUCAAGUCAGUUCGUUCUCUAGCAACGGUCACGUCAACCGCUUUUGCGAUGUCAAACCCGGAAAAUUGGAAAGAAGCAAAGUCGAUUUAUGAAUUUUCCGCUCAAGAUAUCAAGGGAAAUGAGGUCCCCUUGGAAAAAUACAAAGGACACGUUUGUAUAAUCGUAAAUGUAGCGUCCCAGUGUGGAUAUACGAAGAACAAUUACGCCGAACUGGUCGAAUUAUUUGACCAGUACAAUGAAUCGAAGGGUCUCCAAAUUUUAGCGUUUCCCUGCAAUCAAUUUGGCGGACAAGAGCCAGGCACUAAUGAGGAGAUUUGCCAAUUUGUCGCCCAAAAGAAUGUCAAGUUUGAUAUGUUCGAUAAAAUUAAUGUUAAUGGUGAUGAUGCGCAUCCUCUGUUCAAGUAUUUGAAACACAAACAAGGCGGCACUCUGGGUAAUUUUAUAAAGUGGAAUUUUACCAAAUUUAUUAUCGAUAAAAAUGGGCAACCUGUGGAGAGGCAUGGUCCAAGCACAAAUCCAAAGGAUCUAGUGAAAUCAUUGGAAAAAUAUUGGUAGUUUAUAAUUUAUUAUAUGAACACCUAUAACUAUUUUAUCAUUAAUAAUAUGUACUCCUGUAAUUUGUAUGUAGAUGUGAUUUUAGAUUAAUUAAAUACAAAAUAUAAUAAUAUAUACCUACUCUACAAUGGCU